AUGCCCAAGAACGAUGACAAUCUAACUUUCUCUACGGAGAUACGUACUUCCACUCAGACUCGUACAUCCACCGCAUGCGGAUCCCACGAUGAUACUGCUAUCGCGAGAAAUUCAAGUGAUCCAGUAACAUCACCAUGGUCGUCAUCUUCGCCUUUAUGUAAAGACGAGUCUUACAAAUCGGAUGAAGCACCAAAGCCGCAUCUGGGGUCUAGAAUCUGGGCAGUAACUCAGCGGCAGCUCGCAUGCAACGAAAAUCGAUAUGCGCUGCAGAUGAGUGUUGCAUUCUUAGUCGCAACCUUGUUCGUUGUUGUCGAGCCAAUCUCCAAAUUUGCACCCAACGCAUUUUGGGUCGGUGUUUCUGUGGUAACUGUUCUCGACAAUACCGUAGGCGGUUUCCUAGCACUCAGUAUCCAACGAAUGAUUGGCACCAUUAUUGGCGGCGGCAUGUCGAUCAUCGUCAUGACAGUAUCACGAGCUAUAUUCCCAACAUGGAGUCCCGGAGCAACUGUAUUUCUAUGCUUUCUGACGUUCUGUCAGGUGUUUACCAUUACGCGGAUCAAGUUGAGACCGAACAUGAAUUAUGCCGGUGGAAUAGGUCUGUUGACAACUGUAAUUAUUCUGCUUUCUGGAUAUCAUGAACUGAUCCAUGAUAGGAUUUCUGGCUGUGCCGAGUUGGGGUUUUGGAGAAUGUUCGAUUUAAUUAUUGGAAUAUUUAUUGCAAUGUGGGCAUCAUUAUGUAUUUUUCCGUUAAAGGCGCGUAAUACAAUGCGAAAAAACCUUGGAGAAGCAUUAGAAGAAGCGGCAGAUUUAUACGAGCGUGCAGCAAUAUAUUGUCUCGAUCUAUCCAGGGACGAGAUAUCAGUAAACCUUAGUAUCGAGCGAAAAAAGGUUCACAAUCCACUACUGAGGAACCAUAGCAGCAGCAGCACUGACGACGACGAUGACGAUGAUGACGACGAUGACGACGACGAUGAUAUAGAACAGGAGAUCUCAAAAACGACAGAAGAUAUUGAAAAGCAACAACAACCACGACAAACUACGAUUCAGAUUGAGGAACCAGAGCGACCGACGCUCAGUCAUGACAUGAAAAUCUGGAACCACGAGCUUAUCAACGAACUAUGUGAUAAAGCGUUCCGAGUACUAUCCAGGCUCCAAACAGAAGCAACUCGUUUGCGCAGCGUAUCCAAAGAGUAUCACCUGCAAGUACCUAUACACUAUGUGUGUGGUGGUGGUAGAGAAAGAUGCCGAAAGGAUCUUCGCCGAACGAAACAGUAUAGCGACUCAAUUGAUGCCAUGAAACGAAUUGUAUGGCCUUUGGUUUCGUUUCGACUACUUUUACCGCUUAUUAAAAUCCAUAACGAUUCCAAGGAUUCAAGAAACGCACUUCAUGAUCGAGCCACGCCAACUCAAGCUUUGUUGGAAAACUUUGAAGACAGUCUGUGGGUCAUGCGCAAGCUUGCUGCUAUGCUCAAGGAUACAAAGCGUAAGCUAAGCGACGAGCCCGAUUGGCCAACGCUGCAUUGGCGCGUCAUGAACGGAACAACUCUGGUACAAGAAGAGCUUAUGCAAACGAUCAGCAUCAGCCAGAAUUCGGAUUCUGUCGAUGGUCUGAAGCUUCUAUCCUAUUACGGCUUUCUUGUUCGGUGUUCAACUAUAUGGCAAGGCUUGGAAACAAUUGUAAAUGAACUGGGUCCACAGAACAGUAGUCAAUCCCUUUCAUCCAUCAGUCAUCUUUCUUAUUCGCCUUCCUCUCAAGAGUUACUCCAUGCCCAAGAGUGA